AUGGUAUGUAAGACUGCGUAUUUAAUCAUCAUUUAAUAUUAUUGAUAGUUCGCAUACUAACUAGCAUAUAGUCAGCAAAUACAAUUUCAACAAAAGUUCAAAGUAAGGACUUAA